AUUGUAACCAACAGCCUCAUUUCCAUUUCACGGGCUAGAUUCUCUGUACUUAUUAUUUCAUUAGUACCGCUUCUCUCCACAUUGUAAUUGCUUUUAAAAAAAAAGACACAUACUUAUCGAAGUUUCAUCUGAAAUACUCUGUUGUACCAAAUUGAAUGAAGAGUCAUGUGGAAGAGAUCAUAUUUCAAGGGCCUAGCAUGCCAGAGAAAAUGCUUCUGAACCUUCCUGACCCCCAAUUGCAUCUCAAGAUAUUCUCUUUGGGUAUUGAAAGGAGUAUGUCUUUCAAGUUGGGAAUGUCUUUCUCCGCAACAAUUAAUGAGAAUGCCCCCCAAUUCAAAACCUCAAAAAAUGGUGGCACAAAGUUGUCAGAUAUGAUCACAGGUACACACUCAUAAAAGAUAGCUUCUACCACACGUGGGCUGUUCACCUCAUAACCCUUGGGGCAGAUGCAGUAUUUGCUGCUUUUCAUGUGCUGGAUGUAAUUCAUUUUGCUGGCAACACCAGGAGGCAUUGGACCAAAGAUCUUCAUACUAGG